AUGCCUGGUGUUCCGCGAUUUUACCCACUGUUUUCCCUGUUCCUCAUCCUCUCAUUCAUCAGCCUGAUGCAGCAAUCCGCGGCUAAUGGUAGGUUUUUUUUUUCUGCAUUGGGCACUAGGCAGCGCCGAUAAACGUUCCGAAAAUGACAAAACUAUGAAACGAUCAUUCCAAGUGACGCAGGGCAUCAAACAACCUCAACACUUCGUAAUGUAGACGUGUUUUUAUCUUAAAUUUAAACCUCUUUCUCUUAGUUUCUACCUUUUACGAUCAAUUUACAGUAUGCUUAAUUUUAUAUUUAAUCGUUUUUGCAACCUGUUUUCAUUUUUAAUCAAUAUAAAGUGCAUUUUCAUCUGUGAAAUAAGCAAAACCAGCGACAAAUUCGGUGUCAAUGACGCCCAACGAUUGUCAAGGUAACAAGGAGAAAAAACUAAUUAAUUGCACGAUUCUAGUACGAGACUAGCAUCGUUCACAUGACAAUGAGAGCAAAAAUGAAUUACUGGACGAGUUCAUUCCAAUAGCAGUCGAGAGUAUGCAAGUCUUAAGCGGGCUCUCUUGACUAUCAACGAAUAUUUAAUUAUUCUAACUCUCACAAGAGAUCGUCUUUAAUUCUUACUAUAACGCUGAAACGCGGGCAGACGAGAAAUAAGCCAGCGUUCACAGGGUAUCUGCAGAUAAUUAUUGACCUCGUUUAUUGAUCUUAUUUUAGGUUUCCCGUCAAAAACGGACACUGCCAGAAGACUUGCUAAAAACCUGCCUUUCCUGCGUCGAAGUCAACCAUCUUCUAAUAACCCCUUUUCUCGACUUCCAAGUCGUUCGAGGCCAGGUGGUAACAAUCGUCAGACCGCUGGUACCAAAUUGAUGUCCUGGUCGGGCCGUGACCUUGGUUCGCCGCUGUACGAUGUUGUCUUCAUCAUCGACGAAUCGGGCUCCAUUCCUCUUGAUCAGUUCAACAGGGGCUUGAGCGCAAUAAGACUUCUUAUCGGGGAUGCGUCACUUGGUACAAAAUUCGCUGCGAUAAAGUUCUCUAAUAAGGCCCGCCUUUUGUUUAACUUUGUCUCACCAGCUCAGGCAAAGACGAAAUUGUUGAAUGUCCCACAAAAAGGAGGAUCGACUAACACCCAAGACGCUCUUAAAAUGGCUAGAGAUCUUUUCCUAAAUCCGGCAGCCUCGGGGCACAGGCAAAAUGCUUAUAGGAUGGCAGUGGUUGUAACAGAUGGCCUAUCAAACGUCCAACCGGGUCAGACCAUACCACAAGCAACCCAGCUCAAAGGCAUUGGAACAAGAGUUAUGGUUAUUGCUGUGGGAAAUUACGGAGCUUCUGGACGUAAGGAAAUGAAGGACAUAGCCAGUUACCCUCCCGGAGAGAACCUUUUCUUUGUUGACGACUUUAAUGACAUGUAUCAGAUCACGUUUAUGGCUAUAAAUAACAUAUAA